CGCCGGCCUCCGCCAUGGCUGCCAUAUUGGAUGGGAAGUGAGGCCCGUCCCUCCGCCCACUGAGCUCGGCGGCGCUCUGACCGGGGCUCGGGUGCAGACAGUGAGCGAGCAGAGGCUGCCAGCCUUCAGCAGGGACCCGGGCGCCGCCCUCUCACACAGACCCGGUGUUGCCUGAGGCGGAGCCCGACCAGCGGACAAGAUGGCGGACCCGGCGGAGUGCAGCAUUAAAGUGAUGUGCCGAUUCCGGCCUCUCAAUGACUCCGAGGUCAACCGCGGGGACAAGUAUGUGGCCAAGUUUCAGGGAGAGGACACGGUGAUCGUUACGUCCAAGCCAUAUGCCUUUGACCGUGUCUUUCAGUCUAACACAUCUCAAGAACAAGUUUACAAUGCUUGCGCAAAAGCAAUAGUUAAAGAUGUGCUUGAAGGGUACAACGGCACAAUAUUUGCUUAUGGACAGACCUCCUCUGGGAAGACCCAUACAAUGGAGGGAAAACUCCAUGAUACAGAUGGGAUGGGAAUUAUUCCCAGGAUAGUGCAAGAUAUAUUUAACUAUAUUUACUCUAUGGAUGAAAAUUUGGAAUUCCAUAUAAAGGUGUCAUACUUUGAAAUCUAUUUGGACAAGAUAAGGGACUUAUUGGAUGUGUCAAAAACAAACCUUUCUGUUCAUGAAGAUAAAAACAGAGUUCCUUAUGUAAAGGGUUGUACUGAGCGCUUUGUGUGUAGUCCCGAUGAAGUCAUGGAUACCAUAGAUGAAGGAAAAUCCAACCGACAUGUGGCUGUAACAAACAUGAAUGAACACAGCUCUCGAAGUCACAGCAUAUUUUUAAUUAAUGUCAAACAAGAAAAUACUCAAACAGAGCAGAAACUGAGUGGGAAACUUUACCUGGUUGAUUUGGCAGGUAGUGAGAAGGUUAGCAAAACUGGAGCUGAAGGAGCUGUGCUGGAUGAAGCUAAAAAUAUCAACAAGUCUUUGUCGUCCCUCGGUAAUGUUAUUUCAGCCCUCGCAGAAGGCAGUGUGUAUAUCCCUUACCGUGACAGUAAAAUGACCAGAAUUCUCCAAGACUCAUUGGGAGGAAAUUGUAGAACCACUAUUGUGAUUUGCUGUUCACCAUCAUCUUACAAUGAGGCUGAAACAAAAUCUACACUAAUGUUUGGGCAAAGAGCGAAGACUAUUAAGAAUACAGUAUGUGUGAAUGUAGAGCUUACUGCUGAACAAUGGAAAAAGAAAUAUGAAAGAGAAAAAGAGAAAACCAAGACUUUGCGGAGCACCAUACAGUGGCUUGAAAAUGAGCUUAACAGGUGGCGUAAAGGAGAAACUGUACCAGUUGAAGAACAAUAUGACAAGGAAAAAGCGAACAUGGACGCCUUUGUGGUGGAUAACGUGGUUGCUAAUGAUAAGCCAGCUGUUACUCUUGCUUCGAAUUUCACUGAUGCAGAACGAAGAAAAUGCGAAGAAGAGGUGACUAAACUGUACAAGCAACUGGAUGAUAAAGAUGAAGAAAUUAAUCAACAGAGCCAGCUUGUGGAAAAACUGAAGCAACAAAUGUUGGAUCAGGAAGAGCUUCUGGCAUCAACAAGACGGGACCAAGAUAAUAUGCAGGCUGAGUUAAACCGCCUACAGGCCGAGAAUGAUGCUUCCAAAGAAGAAGUUAAGGAAGUACUGCAGGCUCUGGAAGAACUUGCUGUCAACUAUGAUCAGAAGUCACAGGAAGUAGAAGACAAGGCCAAGGAAUACGAAUUGUUGAGUGAAGAACUUAAUCAAAAAUCGACCAUUUUGUCAAGUUUAGACUCUGAGCUGCAGAAACUGAAAGAAAUGACAAAUCAUCAAAAGAAAAGGGCUACAGAGAUGAUGACGUCCUUGUUGAAAGAUUUGGCUGAAAUUGGAAUUGCAGUGGGAAACCAUGAUGUUAAGCAACCUGAAGUAAGUGGGAUGAUUGACGAGGAGUUCACAGUUGCACGUCUGUAUAUCAGUAAAAUGAAAUCAGAAGUGAAAACCAUGGUGAAACGCUGCAAGCAGUUGGAGAGCACACAAAGCGAGAGUAAUAAGAAAAUGGAUGAGAAUGACAAAGAACUGGCUUCGUGCCAGCUACUCAUCUCCCAGCAUGAGGCCAAGAUCAAGUCCCUGACGGAAUAUGUUCAGAAUGUUGAACAGAAGAAGAGACAGAUGGAGGAGUCUGUGGAUUCUCUUAACGAGGAACUUGUGAAGCUGCGGGCGCAGGAAAAACUCCAUGAAAUGGAGAAAGAACACCUAAAUAAAGUACAGACUGCAAAUGAAGUCAAGCAUGCCGUGGAGCAGCAAAUCCAGAGCCAUCGGGAGACUCAUCAGAAACAGCUGAGCAGUCUCAGGGAUGAGAUUGAUACCAAGGAGAAACUUAUCACUGAGCUUCAAGACCAAAAUCAGAAGAUGAUGCUUGAACAGGAAAGAUUAAGAGUAGAGCACGAAAAGUUAAAAUUUGCAGACCAAGAAAAAAGCAAAAAAUUGCAUGAUCUCACUGUCAUGCAAGAUAGAAGAGAACAAGCAAGGCAGGAUCUGAAGGGGCUGGAAGAGACCGUUGCUAAAGAACUUCAGACAUUACAUAAUCUUAGGAAGCUUUUUGUACAAGACUUGACUACACGAGUUAAAAAAAGCGCUGAGAUGGACUCUGACGACACUGGAGGUAGUGCUGCCCAGAAACAGAAGAUUUCUUUUCUUGAGAAUAACCUUGAGCAGCUCACAAAAGUCCACAAACAGUUGGUUCGUGAUAAUGCAGAUCUGCGGUGUGAGCUUCCAAAGCUGGAAAAACGACUUAGAGCUACAGCUGAACGAGUUAAGGCCUUGGAGUCUGCACUAAAGGAAGCCAAAGAAAAUGCAUCUCGUGAUCGUAAACGGUAUCAGCAAGAGGUUGACCGUAUUAAAGAAGCAGUGAGGUCCAAGAAUAUGGCUAGAAGAGGACAUUCAGCACAGAUUGCUAAGCCUAUCCGCCCUGGACAGCAUCCAGCUGCGUCACCCACUCACCCAAAUGCCAAUCGGGCAGGAAAUGUAUUCCCUCAAAAUAGUCAGCUGGUGUCUAUUCGUGGAGGUGCUAACAAACAAGAGAAAGUAUAAGCUGCUGAAGGAUUGUUUUUCAAAGUAGAAAAAUAAGAAAAGAAAAUCAUGCAGUGGUGUUUGUCAAGAGGAUUCACUUAUCUUUUGGGAUUGUAGGAUUGUUUUUCAAAUUGUAAUUUAUAACUGGCCUGUACAGCUCAUCCCUUUCUCCCAGCCUUUUUUAAUUUUUUUUUUGCAAAUUCUGAUUUGGUUUGCAGCGAAACUAGAGUGCAAUUUUGUUGUCCUUCUAUACAACAUUUUUAAAGUCUAGCGCCAUCUACUGCGCAGUUGGUUUCCAUGUCUUAAAUCUAGUCUGCACUGUGCCAAGUUUGAAUGUAAGUUACUAGUUAAGUAGGUCCUAGUUAAUUUUAUGUAAAGUGUAGUCUUUGGGGGACAUGGAACAACAAUUAACACUUUCCUUGCUUUGUAAAUCCUUUACUGCCACACUAUAUACAAGCAGUAAUGAAAGCCAUGAAAAUCGACUUCACUUAACUUAAAAGUAAAUAAAAAUGCUGUAGUUUUGUAUAGAGGGCUACAGUAAAUACUAAAGUCUGCUUAAUGAUACCUGCCACUGGCUCUGAAAUAUUUACUACCAAGUAAUACAACCUUAGAUUUAUUACCUGUCCGAUAUCUACUGCCAUGUGGCUGUCUGUCUGUUUCAAACUGUAGUAACAUAAGAUGGGAGUAAACUUUUUAUAUAAAUUAUGGGUUCUUUGUUUAGAAGCAUUGAUACUGUCCCGGUAAUAACUGUACAGGAUGACAGUGUGAAAACAUUCUGCUUCAUUAAGGUUUAUUGGAUUGCCAUGAUUGGUUUGCUAGUUUUACUGUGAUAUAGGAUGUACACUGGCCAUUGACUGUCUUUGUUGAUGCUAUACCACUUAUCCGUUUUUCAUUGCUAAGAUUUACAUUCCAUUUGAUGGUGGUUCUAUGGAAUGCUUAGUUUUAUCGACAUUCAAAAACCGUGUGUGCUAAGGGGAAAAGGGCUGAAUCCUAGCCAAAAUCCAGGGGAGCCAUCAUUAACAAACCAUAUGGAGGAUGACUUUCUCUUUGGGUCGAGAUACAUUUAAUUUAUGCAGUGAGAUGAGAGAGACCAGCAAGUCGAUCAAUUAAAAUGCUUUGUUUACCUCCAUGAUGGCGGUUGCAAAUCUAUAUGGCCACCAUUUUUCUUGUCUUUACCUCUACGCUGGUGGCAUAGAGUUAGUCGCACAAGAGGAGGGGGGGGGAAGAAAUCUAGAAUGAAACUGAAAUAAUUAACUUGCUUGCAAUUUGAUGAACACAAUGUAAAGAAUUGUAUUCUUUAUAUAGUGCCACCUUUUUUAUGUAUUUUUUUUUUUUUUUUUUGGACUGGUGCACUUUAAUUCUGGAGGAGUUCUAGUCUAUGCAGCUAUGCUUCUUAUUUUGACAUACACCUGCUGACCCCAGAAUUAUCUUAUUAGCAGAGGUUAACACUCAUCUGACACUCCCAAUAAAAAAAAAGUUUGAGUGCAACAUCUUUGUAUUGUCUAUUCAUGUUAGUGUCCCUGCAUACAACUUUAUUUUUCUCUU